UAAUAGCAAUAUCAGACGAUCACUAUUGUUGCCUAUCCUGAUCAAGUGAGGAUAUGGAUAGGUUGGCUCAAAAACAAAAAGAGUAAUACUAUACACCUUCCUUGGGAAACGUAUGAAUGAACUAUUUAAUCGAGAAGUGCGUGCCCAAUUACAGCACAGAGGCAGUGUAGUAAUAUUUCUUCGGAAGUAUUUUCCUGUUAGGUUAGGUUUUCAAUCUCCAUUGCACCAUACAUAUUUCUUACCAUGAAAGUGAGUUUAUCUACAUUAGUUCUUCAGGCCCUUUUCUCUGUGUUCCCAAUCUGCGGCUCUGUAUUAAACUUCCAAGUGGAAUUUCUUGCUGCGAGAAAUUUAAAGUCCUUGUACCUUUGUAUUCAGCUUUCCUGUGGCAGUUGAUGCGGUUUAAUAUGCUUCAACUUUUGAAGAACUUGAGGUCUCGCUCUCAAGGGAAGGAGUUCACCGAUGCUGAUAUUCUGAACUGGGCCAACAAAAAAGUGAAGAUCAUAGGAAGAACUUCUCACAUGGAUAGUUUUAAGGAUAAGAACCUUUCAAAUGGAUUAUUCUUCCUUGAACUUCUCAGCGCUGUUGAGCCAAGGGUUGUCAGCUGGAACCUUGUAACCAAGGGUGAAAGUGAUGAGGAGAAGAAAUUGAAUGCCACAUACAUAAUCAGUGUUGCCCGAAAGUUGGAUGUUCCAUUUUCUUGUUUGCCCAAGGACAUCAUGGAGAUUGCAAAGCUGCAGGAUGACAACAAGGCGUUAGAUCGCUUCACCAAAUCCAAAGAAGCUGCUUUGCUUGAAGCUGAGCGGAUUGAGUUGAGUGAAUGUAGAGUUGAGUGA